AUGUCAAGAGCAAGAAGAACCGAAACGCAUAGCCUCGACAAAAAUCGGCAGCCGCCAGAUUAUCGUCCGUCGGUAGAGCCGGGGCAGCGGGAGGGGGCCAAAAAUGACGCACGCACGGACGACGGUGGGGAGCCUGUGUUGGUCGAUGUCGCGCCUUGCUUGAGCCGUGGAGCCGAGUUGCGACACGCAAACCACGCUCGCUCCGCUCCGCCCGCCUCGACGGUGCGUCAGCCAGCAUCAGUCGGUCGGCACUUCCGCCAGACUCCUUCCACCGGCGGACCGGCGUAUCGUCUCGCAUCUCCACAUCCCAAUCCAUCGCAUCACAUCGAUAGGGCCCCUCCUUCUGCCCAGCACCCGACGCUCAACGCUCAACGCUCGGCGCUGGAGUUGGCAUCUCGGCGCGGUUCCGAUCCACCUCCAUAUACCCUCGCCGAACUCAGCACGCGCUCAGCUGCGCAAUCUUGCCCGCAAAUCACAACCGCCCUCGCCAUGCUCACGCCUACUCGUCCAUGCGACUGA